UUCGCGUGAAGCAAUUGAGCCCUUUUUUGGCCCGACGAGUCCAGAAGCCGCUGUGACGGCGGCGGCGAGGGGAGAAGCGAAGAGCGACGCAGGCGCAGCUGCCGAAGCACCGAGAGCAGCUCGACGGCCAUGGCGCUGCUGAUGGAGCCAGGUGCCGAGCCCCUCACCGAGAGCGAGCAGGCCGAUCUGGACGCCAUCACCGCCAUCAAGGAGUCGGCGGCGCACGAGUACAAGGAGCAGGGCAACCAGUUUGUCCGGAUGGGCCGGAAGCACUACGCCGACGCUGUCGCCUGCUACACCAAGGCCAUCGCCCAGAUGGAGCCCCUCCCCUCCCCCGACGCCGCAGCCGACGCCUCCGUCCUCUUCGCCAACCGCGCCCACGUCAACCUUCUCCUCGGCAACCACCGCCGCGCACUCGACGACGCCGAGCAGGCUGUUCGCCUCUCCCCAUCCAACGUCAAGGCGUACUAUCGGGCGGCGAAGGCGGCGCUUGCGCUCGACUUGUUGCCGGACGCGGUGUCCUUCUGCCGGAGGGGGCUCGAGCAGGACCCCUCUAACGAGGAGCUCAAGAAAUUGCUGUCGCAAGUGGACGCGCGGCAGAGUGAGCAAGAUUGUGAGAGAGCCAAGGUUGCACAAGCAGUCGUCGCAGCCAAAGAUCUUGCUGCUGCCAUGGAGAAGAGAGGGAUGAAGCUUGGGAAGGCAGCCUAUCAAGAGCUGACGGGAGUGAAGAAGCCGAAGCUUGAUGAGCAGAGCGUGCUCCACUGGCCUGUUCUUUUGCUCUAUCCGGAGGUCAUGUCGAGUGACUUCAUUGAAGAUUUUCCGGAGACUGAUACAUUCUCACCCCACCUUGAUGUCAUGUUCUCAGAAAGUUCUCCACCGUUGCCUUGGGAUGAGAACCAUGCUUACACAAGGGAGGUCAUUGAGUUGUAUUAUCAGGCUGGUGUUGGCAUACUUCUGUCGAAAAGUGAAAUAUUACAAUAUCUUCUAGAAGGCACUGUGGACCCAAAGUCACUUCCAGCAAGCCUGCUUGAUGGCGAGGAUGGAGAGCAUGAUACUGGCAAGAGCAGCACCGUUACAUCAUCAAGUGAAGGCUCUGGUAAGUGGGUCAAAGUAAAAGAAGGAAAAACUCUUCAAGAAGUGCUGCAGCAUAAAGACUAUGUAAUUCCUGCAAUUCCUGUGUUCUUUGUCGUCUCAAGGAAGUCCACCUUCUAUAAAAAGUUUAAAGCUGGAAAUUGGUCUUUGCCGUAAAUUCACGCUACGGUUGCUAUGGAUACGUUCAGAAAACUAAAGAUGUUCGAUUGAUCAUCAUUGCUCUGUUUUUGUGGCUGAGGUGUGUUCUCAUCAGCAUCUGCACCGAUGCUGACUGUUUUUCGCCACUCUGCUUGAUUGAUGGCUCAUGAUUGAGUAGGCACACACAAAAUUUGUUGUAACAUGAACGCCGUCUGUGGACCUAAUUCGGCGCUUGCCGUGGUGCGUGGUGAUAGUGUGUUACUGUGAUAUUUCAACUGAGAAGUCGAUGUUCCUAGUUACUGGACUUCCAACAUUUGCUGUA